CGGAUUUCGAUUGUGGGUCAUUUGACGCCACAGUGCAAAUUGGUAUUUGAAAUUUGACGUUUCUUGUCCAUCUAAAGGCUUCAGGCAAACCACUGUUCAAACAUCAAAUCUCUGACCUCACUUGUCAAGCCGGUGCUCAACACCCCGCUCAUCGCUUGGUCGCGAUCGUUUCUCGGUGCAAUAAACGACUCACAAUUACUUGACCAUUUACCUGUUUGCGAAAAACUCUCCUAGGCCGUUUUGACCAGUUGCUCUCUGCCGGUGAGCGGUCAUUUACGCAUCCAAUGGUAGCAAAUAUGUCACCAGAAGGCACUAACGAGCCAUUUGAUAUUGUUGCCACAUACAAUGACCUCCUCCUUUCCGAUCCCGACCUCACAAUGCCGAUCGCGGCUAUCGAAGCAUUAGUCCUUCUCCUAACUCACAACCCUGCUUCCACAAUAUCUGAAACUCUGGAUCUACUAGAAAAACACACCACACACUUAAAACGUACGAUACCGAAUCCAAUCGCCCUUUCAGCAGGCACCGAUCUUUUCCAACGGUACCUCAUAACAACAUUGCAAAGACCGGGCCAGCUCGGCCCCGGAGGGGAUUUCAAUGCGAUCAGAUCGCAUCUCCUAACCAACGGCCGGUUAUUCAUAAAGCGCGCAAAGGAAAGCAGGGAUAGAAUUGCUGCAUUCGGGAGAGGAUUUAUACGAGAUGGAAGCACUGUGUUGACAAACGGUGGUUCGAGGGUGGUUAGUGCCUUGUUGCGGAAGGCUGCGGACGAGCUGAAGGAAUCAGGAACUCCCGCGGCUAGAUUCAAGGUCAUUCAUGUUUUGUCAGAUAAUUGUGAUGGCAGUUCGUCCGGGCCGAAUCCAGAAGGUAUGGAUACGGUCAAUGCACUUAGAUCGAAGGGUAUUCCAGUAGCUACAAUCCCAGAGUCGGCAGUGGCAUAUGCACUGGGGAUGGUAGAUAUGGUUAUUGUCGGCGCGGAAGGCGUGGUUGAGAACGGCGGUAUCAUAUCGCGUCUGGGAACGUAUCAAAUUGGCCUUCUAGCGAAGGCUGAAAGCAAGCCAUUUUAUGUCGUUGCAGAGAGUCACAAGUUCGUCAGACUCUACCCACUCGGGCAAUACGACCUGCCGAUCAAACAGAAUGUUGUCGAUUUCAAGACAGAUUCCAGCGGUGAGUCCUCUAGGAAAACCACCAGCAUUCAAGCAGGAAGCCCACACCACGAGCAUGCAACGAAAGAAAAAACGGAUCACCUCGACGCGCUACUUAGCGGGCAAACGUUGUCAUCUGGCGAAGGGGAAACGUCAAUAAAACGGGCAGCUGUCGAUUUCACACCUCCCCAUCUCAUCUCAGCUCUCAUUACAGAGAGUGGCGUGCUAACACCCAGCGCCGUCAGUGAGGAAUUGAUUAAGAUAUGGUUUUGAGCUUCACGUUUUUGGCAUUGGACUUUCAUACCCUUUUUUCUUCCUCUAUUGUUAAGCGGCAAUUAAUACAUCCUCCAUUUGUUCAGUC